AUGUUACGUAUAAAUACAAAAUUUCUUCAAAACAAGAUUGCUCGUUUAUGGAAUAUAAUACAAUGUUUCAUGUUUAUUCAAACUCAAGAUAACCCAGAUCCCAAUAAUUUAAAAUUUCUAUCUGGUAAACAAGUAUUAGAAUCUGGUACAAAAGAUUUUUCCACAAUACAAUCAGCCUAUUGUUUACCCAUUGGCAAAACUAAAGAUAUUGUAGAUAAGAAAAGUAAAACAGAAUUUGAACAAUUUGUGCAGAAAUUUAUUCAUAUUUAUAUUCAUUCAUCUGGUAUGGAAAAUCCUCUGUCUUAUCCUGAUGUUGUUAGCCGGACAACAAGUUCCAAUUCAAAACAAGCAGCCAAUAAUUAUGCAGCGGGACUCCAAGUGGCUAGCCUUUUUUCAGAAUAUGUUUUAUUAUACCCCCUUGAUGUACUAAGACGUCAAAGUCAGAUUAACAAUGAAGCAAUCAAAUAUCAUCUUUCACCUGUAACAGUAUUUCCCGUAUUAUUUAAAUUAUCAGCUCAAGGACCAUCUGGUCUUUGGAAAGGUGUAUUAAGUUCACUUGCUUAUCAUGGUUUAGUUAUUGCAGCCGAUAAUUCCAUGCAAGAAAUUAUACCAGUGAAAAAAACCAAAAGUAAUCGUACAAAUAAAAUUCGUACUAUUGUACGUGAUUUGACUAUUCGAACAGUUGCUUAUACUCUUGUAUCACCAAUUUAUUAUGUAAUGAUCAUUGAAAGUGUACAGAGUAUGAGUGCAUCUGAUGGAAACAUUCUAGAUGGUUUACGCGAUGCAUUAAUUCGUUUUAUCCCAUUAGUCGGUUCUUCUCGAGCUAAAAUGUUACCAAUAUGGCAAAUAUUACUACCUACAAUUGGCCUAAUGGCAGGAAGAUAUUUAUGCGAAAAAUUUUUAUACGAAAUUAUAUUACCAACGUUGAAUGCUAUUCAAGAAGCAGAUAGAUAUAGAAAAACAAAACAACAAAAAAUUACACAUUUAUCGAUUGAUGACGAUUAUGAAUUGGAAGAGAAUGUUCUUUUAUUUGAAACUACUUAUGCUUCAAUCAUUGCUCGCAUCGCAUCAACAUUUCUCUCUCAAGCGUUAUUUUAUCCAAUUGAAACGGUUAUUCAUCGGCUCUAUGUACAAGGUGUUCGAGCCAUCAUCGAUAAUACAGAUACGGGCGUUGGUGUACAACCAAUUAAUACAAAUUAUUUUGGUUUUAUGAAUUGUUUACGUUCGAUAGAAGAGACGGAAGGAAGUGCGGGUCUUUAUAAAGGUUUUGGAUGUGUUUUUUUGAAGUUUUCAUUUUUAUAUGGUGGAAUGUUAUUAGCACAUGGUAUAGCAAGAAAAUUCAUUCAACCGACAGUAUCUUCAAUUCAAUCACCAAUAAUUCAAUCACUUCCAAACUGGAAACAAACACCAGUAACGACAGCAGAUUUAGAGGCAACAAGAAGAUGGUAG